AUGCUUUUAUAUUUGUUUUGUUUUCUUUGGUGCGUGUCUAUCGGUGCCGGGGAUACGUUGAGUAAGGGUUUGCUAAGAGUUACUGACGAGUAUUAUGCUUAUGGACAACAUUCAGAAAAUCAGUUGCCGCCAUGUAGAGACUGUAGUUGCGGUGAGCGCAAUGAAGAACCUCGUGUGGUUGGCGGAUCUAUGUCCGACUUGAAUGCCUUUCCCUGGAUUGCUCGUCUCAUCUACCACAAUUCCUUCGGUUGCGGAGCGUCUCUUAUUAACGACAGAUAUGUUAUAUCAGCUGCACAUUGUGUUCGAGGGUUUAUGUGGUUCAUGUUUCGGGUGAAAUUCGGCGAACACAACCGUUGUGAACGUGUGACUCCUCCUGAAACUCGCUAUGUAGCCAAGAUGUACGUCCACAACUUUACAUUAACUGAACUGACAAAUGACAUUUCUCUACUGCUUCUAAGUAGCCCCAUGGAGUAUUCCCAUGCCAUCAGGCCUGUCUGCCUGCCUAAGAACGCGCAAAAUCUUUACGCUGGUGCCCAAGUUACUGUUGCCGGAUGGGGUGCGGUGGGUGAGACUGGCAACUGGUCUUGUACUCUCCUCGAGGCAGAUCUACCAGUUCUUACUAAUGAGGAGUGCCAAAAUACGAAGUAUAACAAGACGAAGAUUAAAGAUGUUAUGUUGUGUGCAGGGUUUCCAGAAACUGCUCAUAAGGACGCUUGCACUGGGGACAGCGGGGGACCUCUUAUUAAUGAAAAUAGCGAACAUUCUUAUGAUUUGAUUGGUAUAGUAUCAUGGGGUUAUGGGUGUGCAAGGAAGGGUUACCCGGGAGUGUAUACUAGAGUGACAAAAUACUUGGAUUGGAUUCGAGACAACACUGAAGACGCCUGCUAUUGUGAUUAUUAG